AUGAUUCAGAAGUCACGGCCCGCGCUGCUGCAACCUCAAGAUGUGGGAGACAGAGUGGAAACUCUUAUGUUGCACCCAGUGAUCAAGGCAUUCAUGUGUGGAUCCAUCAGUGGGACAUGCUCUGCCCUCCUUUUUCAACCUCUGGAUCUCCUUAAAACGCGCCUGCAGACUCUCCAGCCUUCAGCCCAUGGGUCCAGACGUGUUGGGAUGUUCACUCUGCUCAUGAAGGUGGUUCGCACGGAGAGUCUCUUGGGCCUUUGGAAAGGGGUGUCCCCUUCCAUUGUGAGAUGUGUCCCUGGCGUUGGAAUCUACUUUAGCACUCUCUACUCUCUGAAGCAGCACUUCGUGAAAGACCAUCCCCCCACCGCCCUGGAAUCAGUCAUCCUGGGGAUAGGCUCUCGCACCAUUGCUGGGGUCUGCAUGUCACCCAUCACUGUCAUCAAGACACGCUAUGAGAGUGGGAGGUACGGCUAUGAGAGCAUCUAUGCAGCCCUGAAAUCCAUCUACCGCAACGAGGGGCAUCGCGGAUUCUUCAGCGGCUUAACAGCGACACUCCUACGUGAUGCACCCUUUUCUGGAAUCUACCUAAUGUUUUACAACCAGACCAAAAACACAGUGCCCCAAGACCAGUUGAAUACAGUCCUUACUCCUUUUGUGAAUUUCAGCUGUGGGAUAUUUGCUGGUAUUCUGGCCUCGCUGGUAACUCAGCCUGCAGAUGUUAUCAAAACUCAUAUGCAGUUUGCCUUGGUGAAAUUUCGGUGGAUCGGCCAAGCAGUUAUACUCAUUUUUAAAGACUAUGGGCUGCGUGGUUUCUUCCAAGGCGGAGUCCCCCGGGCCCUCCGCAGAACUCUGAUGGCAGCAAUGGCGUGGACAGUCUACGAAGGGAUGAUGGCCAAGAUGGGCCUCAAAUCCUGA